AUGAUAACUUUCUUAAGAAUUCUUGCGUUGAAACAAGAACUAAGCAAUAUAUGGAACAAUUAUUAUAACGAUACGGACUAUUCUACAACCCAUAAUCAGCAAAAUCCAUCAAUUUCAAGUAGCAUCCAGAAUAUGCUUAUCUAUCAAUGCCUUUUCAAAGGAUUACAAGAGACAUGCAUCAAAUCAACAUCUAAUGAUGCAAAAAUACUUCAUGUAGACUGCGUUUUUAAUAAUAUCUGGAGUGAAAAUAGUGGAUCUCUAGUUUACAUUGAAAGCACUGCUUCAAAUAUUGCCCAAAGGAGAUUUGAGGCAUACAAUUGCUAUUCAAGUGUAUCCGCAGGUGUUGCUUAUAUUUUUCCAGAUCAAACAACAACAUUAAGUUACACAGAAGAAAGUAGUAUUGCCGAGUGUGGUCAAGACAGUGUAAACUAUAUCUUUUAUAACAAAAAUGGAAAUGUAAAGUUUUCUUAUAUUAAUUUUAGCAAAAAUUGUUUCUAUACAGAUGGAUUUUAUAUAGAUACUCAAAGUUUCGAUAAUAUAACAUAUUCAACAAUUGAAGAAAACAAUGCAAAUAAAUAUUCUGCCUUUGCUGUGUUAAAUGGUAAUGAUUACUCAAUGAAAUAUUGUAAUGUUUUCAGAAAUUAUCAAGUUAGUACACGUUGUGGAACAAUUUAUGCAAUAUAUACAGAACUAUAUGUUUACAAUAAUAGUUUUAUCUCGGAUAAAGGAAACGGAAAGCUAUUCUAUGCAAGCACAAAUGCAAAAAUAAAAAUUUAUAACUCUUAUAUCGACAGUACUACAGAUUAUGGCUCUGUUUCAAGCAUUAAUUCUGUUGAUUCAAUGACUGUUUCGUUAAACUAUUCCGAUUUUUCUCCAAAUUUAAUAAUCACGAAUCAAACAUAUAAUUAUACAAAAAUCAUAAAUCCAACAUAUAAGAUUCAGGUGGAUACUCAUCGUAUGCGAAAUCGUAGAUUUUAA